UGAUUCUGGGUCUCCUGCAGGUAUCCUUGGCGCUCUCUCGUUGGUCUCCUUUGGUCCGCCGGAUGUUGGCCCGACUCCUCCCCUGCAGAAUCGCGUGCUGGCUCCUCUUGGUGGUGGUUUCCUGACAGUAGUUUUUCCACCAACUGCCUCUGAGUCCUCUCGUCUCCCCACCCAAGAUUCACACGAAAAUGUUUGAUUCGUAUAUAUAGGAAAAAAGAGAGAGAGAAAAAAAUAUUGUAUCCAAUGUGCUGGCUAUUGGCAGGUACACGACAGUGCUUCCGCCAUAUUGAAUGAGUCAUUUUUGUAAACUUCCGUUCACGCUCACUUCAACCCACGAAGAAGAGAGGCGGAAGUGCGUUUGCCAACAGCGCGAAGAAAUCGUUCCUCCGAAGCUUUGGCAGUUAUCAGCCUUUGUGAUGUGCGCAGCUGUGGGCAAUGGCAGUAUCAUCGUCAUCAGCGAUGAUGAUGAUGAAGAAGGAGAAGGUUGUAACCCAGACCUAUCCUGUUACGAAUCAUCACUUAUCAUGGAGAUGGGUGACAUGGCGUGCAAGGACUGUACACUGUCACCCAGUAAGAUGGACGAAGAAGACCUGGUAGUGACUUUCGCUCGUCCUGCUGAGGUGUUGCCCCAUGCACGCUUCGACUGCCCCAAACAUCCUUUUGAAGCUACAGAUGACUGUGCAAAUCCUGUGCCUGGGAACCACCUCCAAUGUGAGCAGUGCUUCUGUUACAUCUGCGACAAACUGGCAGCCAAGUGUCAAAGUUGGCACGUGAGCGGCGUGUGCCACUGCAACAGUCACAAGAAGAGCGACUUCUGGAACACGAUGAGAAACAGCGAGCUCCUGGGCCAACUGGCGGCCUUCAAGUUGACGCUGUCAGAGGUCGACGGGCAUCUCCGACAAGCGGAGUCCAUGCUGCAGAGUUUCAAAGCGGAGAUCAGAGCUCGAAAGGUGUCCUUGCUGGUGGACAAGCAUGUGGACGACAACGUCACGUACGACUACACGCCCAUCUACGAGUGCAUGUUUGCUUUCCUGAACCAAGCGGAUCAACAAGAUGGCCGAGCAGCAGCCGUCAUGAGGCUGACGGUCGUUCAGGAGUUGCUUCAACUUUUGGAAGUCGAAGGGAUUUAUCUCCCAGUGUUGCCCCCCUCAACUGCUGCAGCACCCAAAUGGACUUUAAUGCACAGGUCACUGUCUUCACUGCAGAGGCAGAUGGUCAUGGACGAUUUCACGCCAGAGUUCAGACAAAAAUUGCUGGAUUUUUACAGGACUUUAAGCUUCCCUCAUGAGCUUAAGCACCUUAGGACCAGGAUGGAUGUGCGCCCAUGGGACGACAUCCUGCUGGUGUCUGUGUUUAAAGGGCAGAACGUGGUCGGCGUGCGCACCAAUAAAGGAAAGAAGGACACUCUGUUUGAGGACAUUGAUGUCGUUCUGCUUAGAGUGGACCGACUUCUGGAGCAGAAGAGGUUUCGAGAGUUGAGCCGCUACCUACGUGUCGUCCGGACAAAACAGCUCAGUCGCUUCCUGGAGCUGAAGGACCUCAUCCCUCUGUUCAUGUGCAUGGAGGGCAACUUCAUCCCUGCGCUCACCACUUUCUUUCAAUCAGGCAACGGGCUCGUCUCGCGCCUCACGCUGCAGAACUUCCAGUUGUACUUGCGUGUGCUGGACACAGCGACUGCGCCCAAGCUGUCCGUCAGUCCCGCGGGGGAGCUCUGCUUCGCUUCUGGCAAGUGGUGUGCAAUCCAAGGUGCGGUGCCCUUGUCGCGUUUAGAAUUGGUCCGCUUUGCUUACAAGGUCCACAAUUGCUGUCCGGCCAUCCGCAUGAAUUCCGAGUUUUGGACCCACUUGCUCAAGAUGGUCCAUGUGAGUCGCCAAGGGACUGCCGGUAUCCCCGUACCCAGUCUGACCUUCCUAGAAGAAGCUGCACACACGAUCCGUUCUCUUCUGAUGGAGGAGGAGUCUGGUGAUAACCUGCAGAUCCCGCAUCACUUUGUGUCCGUGUUUCCAGAUCAAGCGAUGUUGCUGCUGCUUACCGGAGCCUUGAGUCAUAUCAUUCUCCACCCAUCUCUGAAUCCAAUCAUCCCGCUUCUCUGCACAUUUCAGAAGAACAUGUGGGCCCUCCACUGGUUUUGGAAAAACAUGGUGCCUGGCGUUGAGUCCCGCGUGGCCGUUGUGCACAAGAUCUAUCGGGAGCUGGAGAACUCAACAGCAAAAGACCCUUCAAGAUGUAAUCUGUCCAGCAGAACAGUUCUGUGGCCACCCGCAAAGAACUGGGACAUGUUCUUGCAGCUGAAGGACUUCCUGCCGUUCCUGCUGUGCCUUGAGGGCCAAACCGGCGAGGCGCUGAGGACGUUCUUCCCAGAGAGAGGUCCCGCCGCCCACCUCACGGCGCACACCUUUCAACUCUAUCUCCGCCUGCUCGGCACCAGCACGGCGCCCGAGAUGACAAUCGCUCCCACGGGGGAGCUCUGCGCUCACGGUGACACCUGGGGCUGCAUUAAAGGUGCGGUACCGCUGACGCGUUCACAACUAGUGCACUUUGCACUCAAGGUCCACAGACACUACCCGGCUUUUUGUGCCAACUCCCAGUGUUGGAUCACACUGCUCAACGUGGUCAAUGCACACUCACUCGACAGCAUCCCAGAACCAAGUCCAGAUUUCAUGCACGAAGCUGUCAACGUUACACAUUCCAUGCUGCUCUCCUUCCACACUGGGCUCAUCUCCGACAUCCUGAUCCCACAGCACUUUAUGCUGCAGUACCCGGAUCAGGCUCUGCUGCUGCUCAUCACCAAAGUUUUAAGGGAGAACAUCCUCAAUCCCGACCUCACGCCAAUCAUCCCCAUUCUCCGUACCUUUGAGAAGAACCUGUGGUCUCUGCACUGGUUCUGGAAAUACUUGUCCUUCGAUAACUGCAGCAAAGCCAUCAUGGAGAAGAUUUGCCAGGAGCUGCAUCAAAUAGGAGAUUCCACCGUUUCCCUCGAGUCCAUCGGUCACCUUUUGGGUCCUCCCAGUAGCACCAGUAAGUCAUGUAGCAUGACCACCACCAGGGGUUCCACAGACCCGCACUGCUUUCUGUGAAAUUGCAUCAUAAUGCAGUUACUUUAUCAGACACUGACAAAAUGUUGCCGCCACAUUAUUAUGUGCCUUUGUGACUUUUUAUUUUUGCAAUGUUUCUGAGAACUUUUUUUCUUGUACAACUCAACUACAUUAAACUACAACUACAUUCAAACCAAGUUUAAAACAGACACGUUUGUUGUAGAAUUCCCUACAAGGCUUCAUCAAAGUCACACUUUUUGGGGGGGCUUAUUAUACUGUAUUUAACAAUUUUUCUCACUGAAUGUACUUCCAAAGCUGCUUUUCACCUGAACAUUUCACCAGUUGUUGGGAUCAACCCAAGUAGUAAAACAAAAUCAGAAGUUAAGUUCUGUGCAAAAAAUAUGAAAUGUCUGAGGGAAAAAUUAUUGAACAGAUGAAGACAGGUAGGUAGGUAAGGCAUGGGAACGACAUUUAGUGGGAUACAUGACUAAAAAUUGAAUAAAUACAUUUUAAUUUUAAGAAGAAGAUGGGCAAAUUAAUGCAUCAAAUAUGACAGGACUCUUGAUAAUAUUUUGUGUGCGGAUUUUAAGAACUGAGUGUGUGGUGUGUUGCCCACCCCUGGUUUAGGUGCUUUACAUGACAUCACACAGCCAAGAGUUUGAAGCAAAAUUUUAAGUAUUUUCAAAAUGAGAAUCUCUGCAAUGGAAUUGAUGUGAAUUUUAUGGCAAUAAAUUAGAAAUAAUCAGGAAUAUACAAAAUGCAAAACUUAAAAAUACUAGUUGAAAAUAUAUUUUUGUUUUAAUCCUGACAAAACAACCAGACUUAGUGCAAGUGUGGUGGAAACACAGACUAAAUUCUCAUGGCAGGUGUUUAAUUUGAAAUACUUCCAAAAUUCGAGGUUUGCUGGAA